AUGUUCAUUGCUGAAGCGGAAAUCAGAAUGAAAAAGUUAGAAGAUCAGUGGAAAGAGUUCGAGCGAAUUCAGCAAGAAAUAGAAGCAACCAGAAUUAGUGAUAAUGACGAUCAACAAGAAAUAUUUGAUCAAGAAGAGCAAGACGAACGGCAAGUGUUCGAAACAGGUUAUUUUCAUUCUGCAAAAAGAUUACAGGCAAUUAUUGAUCGGCCAAAACGUGAAGCGGAAAGAACAUCCUUGAAGAUAGCUCAAGCAACGGCAGCGCGGGCAGGCGAGCCAACAGCUAGAGAACGUGAAGGAAAUCCAGCUGAUGAUAACGCAAAUGGAUGGAGGAGGAGUGGUGUGAAGCUGCCACCACUAUCACCACCAGAAUUUGAUGGCGACUACAGUAAAUGGAUGACAUUUAGAGAUUGUUUUGAGGCAACUAUUCACAACGUUGCACACAUUCAAAAUCUUUACAAAUUCUGGUAUCUUCGAGGUGCAUUAAAAGGAGAAGCAGCAGAAUUACUCAUUGGAAUUGAAACAACGACAAAAAAUUACGAAGAAGCUUGGAAGCUAGUGAAAAAGACGUACGAUAACAGAAAGUUGAUUGUUAAUUCGCACUUAAAUGAACUUUUAGCAUUUCCAGUUAUUGCUAAAGACAAGGUCGAAGAGCACAGUUCAAUGAAAAAGUUUGUCCUUCACAUUCGCAAGCACAUGAAAGCCCUGCAAGCAUUAAAGCAACCUGUCCAAUAUUGGGACACUAUUAUUAUACAUUUAACAAAAAGCACAUUAGACUUUGUCACACAGUGUGAAUGGGAAAAAUUGGUGGAAGAAGGCGAAGAUAGAGAAGAUGUUGGAGAUAAAAUGCCAACUGUAGAAGAGUUUUUGACUUUUGUAGAAAGAAAAUCCAGUACAUUGGAAUUAGUGGAAGCUAAUAAUCCAAAGCAGGAAACAUUAAAGCAGCCGAGCAGUAAGGUACCGUUCGAAAGGAAAGAACGUCGUGUGACAACAGCUGCAUCAACAAAAGGAGAAUGUCCAAUGUGUAAGAGUAAACAUGCUAUUUACCAGUGUCCAGAAUUUUUAGCGUUGACUCCUCAAGACAGAUCCAAGGAAGCCAGAGAUAAACGAUUGUGCCAUAAUUGUUUAAUUCCAGGUCAUUUCGCAAAGGUAUGCAAAAGUUCUCAUUGUAAAAAAUGUGACAAGCAUCACAAUACUCUACUUCAUUGGGAAUUUCAGAAAUCUACAGGUGCUCAGUCAAGCAAAGAAGAAGAAAAUAGUGCUUUAACAAUGACGUGUCAUGUUGCUAAAUCUGAAGUGUGUUCAAGUGUUAGCAAAUCGGAUCCUGUAGAUUCACAAGUUUUGGGAAGUGCCUAUUCCGUGAGAAAUUUAUCCUCCCACGUGCUGUUGUCUACAGCACUAGUGUAUGUGAUGGACAAUAGUGACGAUAUUGUGAAAAAAUUGGGAUUACCGACCAAAAAAGCAAAUCAGUGCAUUGACGGUAUCAACAAUGCAGUCACGAAUGUUGGAAAAGCCACAACAAUUAAAAUCAAGUCAAUGUAUUCCGAUUACACAGCAUCAUUAGAGUGUCUCGUUUUACCAAAGAUCACUCAGAAUCUUCCCCAAGUGAAAAUCAACAAAAGUGAAUUGAGAAUUCCCGUGGAUAUAAAGUUGGCAGAUCCCACGUUCGAUGAGCCUGGAGUAAUUGAUAUUCUCAUUAGUACAGCGUUGUUUUGGUCCCUACUAUGUAAAGGUCAAAUUAGACAUCGUGCUGGUCAGCCUUCUCUUCAACAGACGAAGCUGGGUUGGAUUGUUGGAGGCGAAUUGAAUUUUUGGCGAGUGGAGAGUUUGCAAGAACCACGAAAAUGGACUAAAGAAGAAAUAAAAUGCGACACAUUUUUUGAAGAGACAUUUCAAAGAGAGGAAACUGGACGUUUCGUUGUAAAAUUGCCGAAAAAAGAGGAAGUCACUCUGGGGGAAUCGAGAGAACAUGCAGAAAUGAGAUUGAAGUCGUUGGAGAGAAGAUUCAAAAGAGACCCUAAACUAAAAGAAGACUAUGCCGCUUUUCUGAAGGACUACGAAGAAAAAGGACAUAUGCAAUUGGUUCGAGAAAAACAAAAUGAAGAUGAAGAGGUAUACUUUAUUCCUCAUCAACCUGUGUUAAGGCCAGGUAGCAUCACAACGGAGUUAAGAGUCGUGUUCGAUGCAUCAGCAUUGACUUCGCUAGGAACGUCCUUGAAUCAAAAGUUACAAGCAGGUCCCAAUUUACAAACAGACUUAUUGGAGAUAAUUCUUCGGUUUCGUGCGUAUCAAGUGGUGAUAACAGCUGAUAUCGCACAAAUGUUUAGACAAAUUCUUAUUGACAAGGAAGAUCAAAAACUACAAUGCAUUCUGUAG